AUGUGGAACGCGACGCCGAGCGAGGAGCCCGGGUACAACCUCACGCUGCCGGACCUGGGCUGGGACGCUCCCGCCGACAACGACUCCCUGACCGACGAGCCCCUGCCGCUCUUCCCCGCGCCACUGCUGGCCGGCGUCACCGCCACCUGCGUGGCACUCUUUGUGGUGGGCAUCGCGGGCAACCUGCUCACCAUGCUAGUGGUGUCGCGCUUCCGCGAGCUGCGCACCACCACCAACCUCUACCUGUCCAGCAUGGCCUUCUCCGACCUACUUAUCUUCCUCUGCAUGCCCCUCGACCUAGUCCGCCUGUGGCAGUACCGGCCCUGGAACUUCGGCGACCUGCUCUGCAAACUCUUCCAGUUCGUCAGCGAGAGCUGCACCUACGCCACGGUGCUCACCAUUACCGCGCUGAGCGUCGAGCGCUACUUCGCCAUCUGCUUCCCACUGCGGGCCAAGGUGGUAGUCACCAAGGGCCGGGUGAAGCUGGUCAUCCUGGUCAUCUGGGCCGUGGCCUUCUGCAGCGCCGGGCCCAUCUUCGUGCUGGUCGGGGUGGAGCACGAGAACGGCACCGAUCCUCGGGACACUAACGAGUGUCGCGCCACCGAGUUCGCCGUGCGCUCUGGACUGCUCACCGUCAUGGUGUGGGUAUCCAGCGUCUUCUUCUUCCUGCCCGUCUUCUGCCUCACUGUGCUCUACAGCCUCAUCGGCAGGAAGCUGUGGCGAAGAAAGCGGGGCGAGGCGGCCGUGGGAGCCUCGCUAAGGGACCAGAACCACAAGCAAACCGUGAAAAUGCUGGCUGUCGUGGUGUUUGCUUUCAUCCUCUGCUGGCUGCCCUUCCAUGUAGGGCGAUAUUUAUUUUCCAAGUCCUUCGAGCCUGGCUCCUUGGAGAUUGCUCAGAUCAGCCAAUACUGCAACCUGGUAUCCUUUGUCCUCUUCUACCUCAGUGCUGCCAUCAAUCCCAUUCUGUACAACAUUAUGUCCAAGAAGUACCGGGUGGCGGUGUUCAAGCUUCUGGGAUUUGAACCCUUCUCCCAGAGGAAGCUCUCCACUCUGAAGGAUGAAAGCUCUCGGGCCUGGACAGAAUCUAGUAUUAAUACAUGACCAUGCACAUUGCUGAGCAAAGUCAUCGCUUAUACUGAACCAGAAGCCAUAGCACAGCAGAACUUGGGAAGAAGUUGAUGGUUAAUUUUGGAAUUAGGAACACACAGCUCUGGAAACAAUUGGGAAGAAA